CGACCACAACCGCCACCCCACUCGCUGUUUCCAUGUAUUCCUUACAAGAUAUUACGACGCGGCCAGACGGAGAGAUUGAGCUCGAAACGUUUCAACUGGUCACAAAAGAGAGAGUUAUCUGGUCGGCGAAUUUGCACCGUUUUGAGUGGAUAUACGGACUAGAGAACCAUGGUUUUCCCUUCGAUGGGGAGGAGAAUAGAGUUACUGUACCCAAGGAUCUUGUUUACCACAUCAAAAGUCAGAAACUGGCGAUAUCGCCCCCGGCAUCUCUCACUAGUAAAGCACUUGUUAUGAUGAAUUUUAAUAGAAAGGUUAAGUCAAAAAAUGAUCGUCAGCGGUUCGAGGACUUUGGCAGUGGACCUUGGGAAUAUGCCCUCUUCGCAACGAAAGGAAAAGCGCCACCUCCGUUGUUUCAUCGCUCACAUGAUGGCAGUACCACGCCAUUGUCGCUAGACGACUCAGCGUCCGACUACGAUGCCUUACCUCGCUUCACGUCGAUGAUCCACCCACUCGUUGUCAUCUUAUUUAGAGUGUGCAAUCAAAUCGGUUCGCGCCGUGUCGAGAAGUCCCUCGAACCGCAUGUCAUCGCACCAAUAACAAACGUAUUUCUUGAAUGGCCGCUUUGGACCCACAACCGCUUCCUCCCCAUGCUCACCUCACCGAAACGGAAGCGACCAGGCGCUUCUGACACGUGUAGUUGCACGGAUUGUGGAAGGUGGGAGUAUAGCGAGAGCUCUGCCUCAGGUUCGAGCUCGCAAGAAGACAGUUCAGAAGAUUCCGAGUCGUGGCGGGAUCCCGUACCUGUGGAGGAUGUCAUCAAGGAUGAUCCUCGCGUCAAGGAUUGGUCGUUAGAAACUGAGGGUCCGUCAGAGAGUGACGGUUCUGAUCCAAUUCUCGAGCAGUAUUUGCGGGAACCAUCGCCUCCGGUAUCAUUCACUCUGGGGAGGUUGGAGGAGGCGAUGGGGUUGCGGAUGGAGCGAUUACAGCCUAUCCUCGAGGCCGCAAAGCGUCGUUCAUCUGAGAAGCGCUCGAGAGCGAGGAAGCGCUCGAAAAACAGUUGAUUCUGAUUUCUCUUUGCGUGUCUUCACAUUUAUCUCGCUAUUCAUCGCCAUCGAUCCACCUCUGCACCACUUUAUUCCUAUUUCUGCUUUACUUAUGUUCGCUUUUUUUGGUUUACCACUAGCAUAAUGUCGACCAGGCCGCCGAGGACGGUGCACUGUAACACAUCUUCAGCAUGUUUUCUGUAUCGAACACUUAUUUAGACGCAGUGUGGGCAAUCUUAUGUAUUCAUUCCAGAUCUCUAUGUCGAGGCGUAUCGGUAGUAUUCCAAUGAUCUGCGCGGCUGCUUAACGUUUUAACGGUCACAUGUUGUUGCUGAUCCCUG